AUGCCAAGCGCAACAACUGCAAGUUUUGACGACGACUUUAUCUCCGAUCGGCUGUUAACUUUUAUGCAUAAUGGUGAAUAUGGUGGCGGAUCGAACAGUAGGGCGUCUUUCACGGGAAUAAAUACGCUCGGACUUCCGACCAGCACACAGAAAACCUUCUCUCUCGACAAAGAUAGUGGUCUAGGAACCAUGCCAUCAAAUAGGUCCAAUCCGGUAACUUGUAAUUCACCCAUGCAACCAGUUUCGAAUGGUUAUGCGGUAAUGGCCUCCCCGCAUCUUAUGAGCAAGUAUCCGAGUGGAAUUAUAAACAGUGCUUUUACUACCCCAAAUCCUGGAAACAAGGUGAUGGAUGACUAUCACAGUCUUCAAAAUUCACCAUUCUACAAUCACUAUCCCCUCACUGCCACGCUUAAACGUCAAACCGAUGCGUCUUGUAGUAACGUUCUCAUGAACUCCAAUCCUAUCGACUGUCCUCCAAUGGUGCUUUCAAGACGCCCACCUCAACGAGAGCUCUUUCCUUCCAUGCCCAUUCCACGUUGUGAUAACGGUUGGACUGCCAUUAACGCCGUUGCAAGCAGCCAAGCAUCCGGACUGUUCAUGCAGGACCGUCUGUUCUACAAUUCGGUUGCCCAGAAACGCGGCUAUAUCGUGGGCCCGGAGUUGGAUCGUAUCAAGGAGAACUCGCGACGUUCCACUAGCCACACCUACGGCCGAAUUUCUGCUCACUUUCGCAAUCGUUACGGGGAGACGGAGGCUAAGACCAAGGCCUCAUAUAUGCAAUUGGGUGUACGAGUACCCAGCAAAGAUCACGUUUCCGAGAUUGUUGGAAAAGGGGGCCAGAAAAUCAAGUUGAUUCGAGAGGAGACAGGCGCGUUGAUAACUACUCCAGGAGAGUAUGAGGACCACGUAUUCAUAAUAGAAGCUCCGCCGGAAAUCGCGCUCCACGUUGCCGAGUUAAUUUCAACCCGGGCGCAAGAGAUCACCCAGAGUAAGAUGUCAGCAAGCGAACGUCGCCGUGGCUCCACCAGUUCCAUACCUGGUUGCAUGUCUCUCUUCACUGUCAAUGGAUCGGUUGGUCCUUCUGGUGGGACGGGUGGAGGGCGCCUAGUUAGUCGUAGCCCUGACGACCUACCAAACGCAUCGCUUCCUUCACCUUCACCGCUCCUCAAAUCCACACUCAGUCCUAUGACCUCUGGCGUCAGUAGCGGCGUCAUUGUCACCUCUGUCAACUCCGCUGAGACCUUUACCUUCAAUACCAGCAAUAGUAACACUGGUGGCAUUGGGAACAGUCUCUCUGCGUCGAGUGCAAACAACGUGGGCAGUUCUGGUGGUCGCAUUCUUCUCGCGAGAUCGAAGAUCUCUGUCCCGCAGGAUAUGGUUGGGAAGAUAAUCGGCACUCAGGGUUCGAUUAUUACCACGAUUCAGAAGGACACUGGGACGGAGAUCAAAAGCCCUCCUAAGGAGGCCGCUCGUGGUCCUUCCGCCACAUCUGAAUUCGAAAUUUCUGCCUAUCAGUCGCUUGGAAUGACUUCUAACCAGGCUGCCGAGUGCCGGGUUCAACAGGCAAAGCAGCUUAUAGGUCACUUGGUGAUGCGUCAGUUUGAGAGACGGGCAAGUGAGGAGUUGGAAGAUGGUUCGGCUGGAAGCACCAGUGCGGGAAAAACGCGAAGCAACUCCGCCGGCGAUGAGGCAGAGGAAAGCAAAACCUCCAAGACGGUGGCGUGGAUGUGGCCCGAUGUGGCGCAGAUGGACUCGGAUGAGGCACGGGAGGUUCUGGAUCGGAUAUUGGCUGAGUCAAAGAGCAAAACACGACGGGCAAAGGAACUGGCAGCUGCGGCAGCCGCUACAACUGCGGCUGCAGCGGCAGCAGGAUCGUUGCCAGGCUCGCCUUGUACUGCCGCUGCAGUUGUUGGUGGUGGGAGUGCUAGUGCUUUUGGGAUAGACUUCUUCCCCACAGAGAAGGCCGCGGGUUCCUGUCACAACAGUCCCUUCCAUCAGGCACGUGUUGCAUCGCAGAGUGCAGUCUUUUCGCCAUCUUCAGCGAACGUCCCUGCUCAGGUCAACCUACUUGGUGGAUUUUUGUCGGAGAGGCGGCUGACAACCGUGGACUUUCAUCCGGAAGCAGAAUUCUCGGAGCAUCAUGGAAUGUGUGGUCCCUCUGCCUCCGCUACGGCUUUCUGGCCCAGCUCGGCUCGCCAUUCCUUCUCGGCUGGCGCUCCUGUCGUCGUCGGGACUUGCCAUAGUCCUACCCUUCUCCGACGUCACACCAUGGCCUCUGAGCAUCAGCAUAAUGCAAUGCUGGAUAAUCUCAAGGCUGCAGGCAGUGACGCUAGCCAUGCUGGAGGAUUUGACUUUAUUAGCACCCUUGAGUCUCUCUGUCUCAGCAAUGAUGACGGUGGAUGCGUUCGCGAUGAACUCUCCUAUCCACCGGGUUUCGAUAACCACCAUCAGCACACUGGUUCCGACGCUAUGACCGCCUCUUCUGGUUGGCCAGUGACCCUCUUCAAAAACAGUGGAGCCUCCGAUGGCCUAUCGUCGGAGGGUUCAGGGAACUCGGACGCUGCCCUGCGAAGCAUUUGGAGCGAUGCUGUUACUACCACUGCCACCAACACCAAUGGCAAUGGGGGAUUCUGUUUCUCCGCUAAUUCGUUUACUGGAACUGCUGCGGCGGGGCUGGUAAUUCCACCCGUCCCAGCGUCUAAUCGAUGCGGAGCUAUUGGGGAGGGCAGACGUCGGGCUUCACCACCGUCUGGGACUUCUACAGCACCCACUGAGGCUACCUCCAUUCCCGCGGUUUAG